ACUCAUUCAAGAAACCAUCUUCCUUAAACAGAAAUUUAAAGGUAAUGGGAUCUCUAGAGAGAUCAAAGAAGAAAGUUCAAGUAUGGAAGAAAGCUCUGAUCCAUUUCUCUCUUUGUUUUGUGAUGGGUUUCUUCACUGGCUUUGCUCCUGCUGGUAAGGCCUCAUUUUUCUCUAAUUCCGAUACCACCACCUAUACUUCUACAAAAUCUCAAAUUCCACCCCAACCUUUUGAAAACUCUACCUACGCACCCCAUUCCCUACUCAACAGAACCUUGAUCAUCAAUUCCCAAGCUGAAGCCCCUGCUCCUGCAGAGUCGCGAGAAUCCGGAGAAGAAACCAGAUCUCUCUCCGAGACGGAAGACGAGAACCAAGUUAAAGUGACACCAAGAGGACUAGUGAUUGUUGUAACCCCGGUGAUGACAAAAGAUCGGUACAAGAACGUUCUUCUUAGGAGAAUGGCCAAUACCUUGAGGCUAGUCCCGCCUCCAUUAUUGUGGAUAGUCGUGGAGAAACACUCGGAUUCCGACGAAAAAUCUUCCUCUACAAUGUUAAGAAAGACUGGUAUCAUGUAUAGACGUAUAGUCUUCAAGGAGAAUUUCACUAGCAUGGAAACAGAGCUUGAUCACCAGAGGAAUCUAGCUUUGAGGCACAUUGAGCAGCACAAAUUAAGCGGGAUAGUUCAUUUUGCGGGCCUAAACAACAUAUAUGAUCUUGAUUUUUUCGACAAGAUCAGAGAUAUCGAGGUAUUUGGUACUUGGCCAAUGGCAUUGUUAUCGGCUAAUAGGAAACGAGUGAUAGUAGAAGGGCCGGUUUGUGAAUCUUCACAAGUAUUGGGUUGGCAUUUGAGAAAAAUAAAUAACGAGACAGAGACAAAGCCUCCGAUUCAUAUAUCAAGCUUUGCUUUCAAUAGUUCCAUACUUUGGGAUCCUGAGAGAUGGGGUCGUCCUUCUUCUGUUGAAGGCACCAAACAGGAUUCGAUAAAAUAUGUGAAGCAAGUAGUUUUGGAGGACGAUACAAAGUUGAAAGGACUUCCGGGACAAGACUGUUCCAAGAUUAUGCUUUGGCGUCUCAAU